GUGACCGCGUCCUGGAUGCGGGCGGAAAAUUUACAGCGCGUCCCGUGAAACAAAAAACAAACUUAACGAGGGCAUCGCGACGCUGUUCAUUCUCCCCCGCCCCUCCUUACACCACCCGGGGUGUAAGGACGGUAAAUUAAGUGGGGUGGUGCUUUUUUUAAAAAAAAAGGGGAGGGGAUGUUGUCUCCAGGGCCUCAGGGAGGAUGUUUAUGACGAGCUCCAGUUGCUGCAUCUUCCCUCAUUCAGUCAGUGUUCUCUCUGCAGUAUGGCGAAUGACUACCUGUUCAAGGUGCUGGUCAUUGGGGACUGCACGGUGGGUAAGACCUCCCUGGUGCAGCGUUAUGCUAACGACAGCUUCAGUAAGAACUACAAAUCCACCGUGGGAGUGGACUUUGCGUUGAAGAUUAUACAGUGGUCUGACUCGGAGACUGUUCGACUCCAGCUUUGGGAUAUUGCUGGCCAAGAGCGCUUCACUUCCAUGACCAGACUAUAUUACAGAGAUGCUGGAGCAUGCAUUGUUAUGUUUGAUGUGACAAAUACAACAACCUUCCGGAAUUGCCUCAAAUGGAAGCAUGAUUUGGAUAGCAAAGUUGCUUUGGUGGAUGGAAGCCCUGUGCCAUGUAUUCUUUUGGCAAACAAGUGUGAUCUGUCAGAAUGGGCAAUCAGCAGAAGUGAGAUUGAUCUCUUCAGUAAAGAAAACCACUUUGUUGGUUGGGUUGAAACUUCAGUGAAAGAAAACAAGAAUGUUGCUCAAGCCAUGAGAGUAUUAGUGGAGCAGUUGAUGUCAAAGCCUAGUCUGGGACCUACAAACCAAAACCAAGGGGAUUACAUUCAAUUGAAAGAAAUGUCAAAAAGUGAACGUCAUUGGAAUUCAGCAUGCUGUUAAAAAAAUUAGAAUGCAACACUGAUGUGAAUUUUGUAUGAUCUCCAUGUCUUCUAAUGAAUUAAGUUUAAUUAGGUUUUUUUCACCAGACAAAUUCUGGAGGAGUUCUGAACAUUGGACUAUUAUGAAUCUCAUCCAUGUAAGUUAACUACAUUUUUAAAUAUUAAAUGGGUAUGAUUUUUGAUCAGAAGUUUUUACAUUGGCUAGUGCUCAAAUUCUACGAGAAAUUCAGUUCCUCAUUCCUUGAUGUAGGAACAGAAAUACAACUUGUUACUUUAUUACCAAUAAAAAUUGUUAAAGGUAUGGACUAUGACAAACUUGGUUUACAUCGAGUAAGGUUGACUUUCAGUAUUAUAAACUAGUAAACCGUUCCUUUCGGAGUAUGAUCAAAGGUCACAGGGAAAAGUGUAAACUGCUCCAUGAUUUUGUUUUGGUAGUGAUGAACUGUUCAUGUCAUAACAUAUGUUUACAUGUGCCAGUGCCUCUGUUCUUGCUUUUCUGGUUUGUUCAGUAUUACAUUCUGUGCAAUACUUUCGCUGUUCUAAAGGUGCUGUGACACUUCUUUUUUUUUGCAUUAAAAGUAAUAAAUCAGAUUAGAUAUUGCAAGCAUUUCUCCAUAGAAAUAGAAAUUUGAUUAAAUCCUAGGAAGUCUAAAACAAUUUGAUUUAAAGCACGUUCUUGCAUGUUUUAUUACCACAACCUAACCAAGUGUGGCAGUAAAUCCACUUAUAGAGCUCGUUUCUGGAAAGCAUCAAAUACCUAAUUGCCUUUAGAUGACAAGACAUCCAAGCUUAUGGGAGUUUAGCUUUUUUUUUUGUAACUAAACAUAUCUGUUGAAGAUUUCUGCAAUUCACUUUGUUUUAUGAAUUUAAAUAUUGCUUCAAUCAAACUCCUCUAGUCCAGUAGUAUUUUAAAAAUCAUUAUUGGCCUUUAAAAUCACCUAUGUGCAACUCUUAAGUGAACAACUAAUCAUGUACUGAAAUCUGUGGCAUCAAUUCACGUUCCAUCUGUAUAAACCGCAUGGAGUUAUUUUGCGUGCUGUAGUUCCUUGGCUUGGUACCAGUUUGGAAAAAUCUGCAAAACCUGGAGUCAGGUUUUUUGACUAUUUGAAACAAAAAUCCAAAUUCUUUCAAGUAAACUAACAGAUUAGGAAAGGUUUUGCCUUUGAGCAAUGUUUUUAUUUUUCGCAAUCCUUUUUCAUUUUCUGUUUUUAUGAAUCCACAAUGAUUUGUUCCUAAUGUUUAAAUUUCCUCCCUUACACAGCCACAGUGAGCAUCCAGGUCUUCUGCCAAAUGACACUUUCUAGAAACUUUUAGCCUCAAAUUACACUAAAGUUGAAUACAAUAUUAUGCUUUUUAUUGUGUCCAGAAAUCUCCAGACUGGUGUAAUUUAAUUAUGUAGAAAUCUUUGAUCACCUGUAAACACUUUCUGUACCUUCUAGUAAAUGCUGUAAAAACAAAAGCUUUAUGAAUUAGUUGUGAAUAAUUAAACAUUUUUAUAGUAGCUUUAAGGCUGAUUUUUCUUUUGAAUGAUGAAAUGUGAAUUUCCAGAUUAUAAAUCACGGAUUGGCUUUGAGCACAAAUUCCAGUUAAAAUGAUGCAUACCUGUUUUGGGUUUUUUGUUUUUGGGAUGAGAAUGAAUGUACCAAACUUGUUAAUCUACAAUCUGUGGAAUACCAGGUAGAACUGAUAUUACAGCUGUAUUAUGCAUGCAUUACACAGUAUUUCCUUCAGUGUACAAUCUGAAUAAUGUGCCAGCAGCUAAAAGAAAAUAUCAUACACGUGAUACACUUUUUUAAAUUAGUAAAUUCCCAGCACUAUUUGUCGCCUCCUUCCUAUCUAAUUUCUAGAAGUAAAACCCAGUUUCUGGAUACAACUUGAGUUGAACUGCUUGAGCACUCAGCUCUCCUUUCACUAGGUAUUUACUGUAUAAUGCAACCUGUGAUUCCAAUAGAUGAUCUCAGGACUAUAAUUCUACGACUGACUUUUUGAAAUGUUUCAAUCUUGCAGUGUGUUGUCAUUUUUUUUUAAACCUCAAACUGCAUGCUUAUGUUAGUGACUAAGAAUGUAAUCCUUUGACUUCCUCAUUCUGGUGCCAUUAUAAAUCAGUCAAGUGAAUUUCAUGUUGUCAUGCACUUGUACAGUUGUGGUUUUUGCAUCCUUUUUAUUUGAAAUAUGUAAUAUAUAUGCAAUAAAGAAUUUAUUCUUUUUUUAA